GGAGAGAAGGAAGGUGUGACGCACUUCCGCCAGCUGUUCUUGUUUUGCUCUGCUACUCCGCAACCUCCGAAUCACCGAGCCUCCGAUCGGGACGGAGACCCAGCCCGGGACUGUCAGCUGUGGAUGACUCCCCCCGCAUUUCCCGGUUGGAGCCCACGUCGAGGACGGAGGUGAGGCCGAUCCCGCCGCCGGGCCUCCAGUCCGGUGCGGAGCUGCAGGAGGAGGCCGCUGGGAGUCGGGAUGGAGACGGCGGAAGGCGCGGGCGCCGCGGGCGAAGCAGACGAGCCGCGGCCCCGGUUCGGAUGCGCCUCCUUCAACCAAGACUCUACGUCAUUGGCUGUGGGAACAAGGACAGGCUACAAGAUCUUUUCUCUUUCUACUGUAGAAAAGCUGGAGUGCAUCUACGAGAACGCAGAGGUUCCUGACGUCUUCAUCGUGGAGCGUCUGUUCUCCAGCAGUCUGGUGGUGGUGGUGAGCAGUGCCACGCCUCAGCGCAUGAACAUCUAUCACUUCAAAAAGGGAACAGAGAUUUGCAACUACAGCUAUUCCAGCAACAUCUUGUCUGUGAAGCUCAACAGACAGUGGUUAGUGGUGUGCCUUGAAGAAUCCAUUUAUAUUCACAACAUCAAAGACAUGAAGCUGAUCCAGACUCUGGUCAACAUGCCGCCAAACCCCUCAGGUCUCUGCGCUCUCUCCAUCAAUAAUUCCAACUCCUUCCUGGCGUACCCCGGCAGUGCCACUACCGGAGAGAUCGUGGUGUAUGGUGCCAACACUCUGAGCACAGUGGCAGUGAUCUCUGCCCACGACGCUCCUCUGGCAGCUCUGACCUUCAACACCUCAGCCACCAAACUUGCCAGCGCGUCAGAGAGGGGUACGGUCAUCCGAGUGUUUUCCAUUCCUGAAGGUCUGCGUCUGUUUGAGUUUCGCAGAGGCAUGAAGAGGUAUGUCAGCAUUCGCUCUCUGUCCUUCAGCCUGGAUGCUCUCUUCCUCUGUGCCUCCAGCAACACUGAGACUGUGCACAUCUUCAGGCUGGAACAGCUGGAACCAACGGAGGGGGGCGAGGCUGACACCUGGACAUCGUAUGUGGGGAGGAUGUUCUCAGCAGCCAGCAGCUACCUUCCUGCUCAGGUGUGUGACGUGAUGAGCCAGGACCGUGCCUUCGCCACCGUUCACCUGUCGUCAUCCGCUCACAGCAGUGUCUGCACCUUGGUCAGUAUCCAGAAGCUUCCACGGCUGCUGGUGGUCACAGCUGAUGGGCAGCUCUUCAUCUAUAACGUGGAUCUGCAGGAUGGGGGCGAGUGUGAACUUCUCUCCAAACACAACUUCUUUGAUGACCAUGGCAGCUCAGAGAAAGGCAGCGAGUCAGCAGGCUCAGAGCAGACUAUUUGCCCCCCCUCAUACGCUGCAACUGCUGCCUUACCUGCCUCCCGUCCCAUCACUGCAACCCUCACCGGUUACUCUGAGGACGGCGGCGCAAAGAGGGGGGAGGUCAUCCCGGAGCAUGAGUUUGCCUCUGGACCUGUGUGUCUGGACGACGAAAAUGAGUUUCCUCCUGUGAGCAUCCAGAGAUAAAGCUGUGCCGUGAUGGAGUCGGAGGCUGCAGGGGGGGGCCCUUGUAACCAUGGAGGAGGGCAGAUGGAGGAACAUGGAGACGGGUGUGCAUCAGACACAUCAGCCAUUCCAAACGUGAAGACAGACUUUACCUUCAGAGUGGAAACGAACCUCUUUGUUUGGAGAAUGAGGAGAAGACCUGCUGAAAGGCUCUUCCGGCUUGGUUUCGGUUUGAAGGCCUCCUCCUUCCUCAUUCUGGAGCUUCAGAAAGCCGUGAGAGCCUUCUCUGGAAGUCAUGGUGCAUGCUAAAGACCACAUUUAACCACAUUUAAAUAGUCAAUGAACCGCUGUAGCAACAUUUUAGUUUAUAUACUGUUUUAUGUCUCUCAUUGAGUGUGCAAGACGUUACCUUUGUGGACAUGUAAGAUAUAUUUGCGCCUGAUGAUCUGUAAAGAAAUUUAAAGGAAGUUUACUGAAUUUAGCCAAAGCCAACUAAGAAAUAAAUUCAGAGCUGGGUCAUCAUGAACCUAUGCAAAGAACACAAAAA